AUGAGUAGCCCUCGGAGGAGGAUCGAGACUGAUGUUAUGAAGCAAGAGUUCUACGUUCGAUUCAACGGCCCGGCCGAGACCCCGUUUGAGGGUGGGAUCUGGAAAGUUAGUGUCGAGCUGCCCGAUGCGUACCCCUACAAGUCCCCGAGUAUCCGAUUCGCGAACCGAAUAUUCCAUCCAAACAUCGACGAACUGUCCGGAUCAGUGUGCCUCGACGUCAUUAACCAAACGUGGUCCCCCAUGUUCGACAUGAUCAACAUCUUCGAGGUGUUCCUUCCUCAAUUAUUGCGGUACCCAAACCCAACCGAUCCUCUGAAUGGCGAAGCUGCAGCCCUCCUGAUUCGGGAGCCUAAGAGCUACGACGCGAAGGUCAAAGAAUACGUCCAGAAAUACGCAUCUAAGGAAGCUGUAGACGAGGCAGGCGCGGAAAGCGAGGACGACGAUGACCUGUCCUCGGUAGCCAGUUUCGGAGACGACGACGAGGAGCCCGCGGGGCAAAUGGAUGACUGCCACCAGGCCCUACUGAAAUCAUCUCAACCGCAGAAAAAGUCUCGUGCGGGUGACAGUGUUACAAACGAUAGCCUCCCACCGGACAGUGCCGCAACCACCGGCAAGGGAAGAGGCAUUGAGGCGGUGAAAAUGUUUCCGAGCAAGCGCAAGAAGACUGAUAGCUAUAGCGAAUACGAUCUGUUCUCGGAACCGGUCAGCUCUCAUGGGGAUACACGCCGAAGAGACGAGGAGGCAUCCGAGCGCGAAGGACAUUUGAAGACCACUUGGCAUCUUCUUGACAACAGCGGGCGAUUCCUGGGAAAUAACACCGUCGACGAAAUGAAGAAGCACGUUGCUUCUAAACUUGGGUGCUCUGACAAGACGUGGAACAUGCUCUGCCUCAGUCAUCGAGUUCGCAUCUGGUGGGGAAAGGGAAUGUUCGCUUUCAAGUGCCUAGGCAUCACCCGGGGAGCCGGCUCGACUUAUAAAGUCCAUCUCCGAUUUAUAUGGAUGCCGCGGACCCUGGUCUUGGACAAUCAGCAAGAGCCGAGUCGGCAGAUAAACCUAGCCGAAGGCGGUGGCCGGGAGAUGUUCGAGGUUGAGUUUGAUGGGAAGGAAGAAGCUGAGAAGGUGAAGAUGAUGCUGGAUUUCCAACGGGUCAUGAUUGUCGUGAUGACCAUCGCAGGGGGUACAAGGAGCACAGGGGGUGCAGGGUCGCCCGAGCUUCUAGAGGACAUUGCGGAUCCAGAUAAUGAAGGCAGUGUUCAAGAUUAG